AUGUAUGGAACAGAGAGACGGUGGAAGUGUAGUGGUGGUGUUAAUGAUGCAGCGGCGAUGGGUGGCGGCGCGGCGGCGGUCCGAGGUGGAGGCAGGGGCGGUUUGGUGGUUGUGGGUGGAUAUGGGUUAAGGGGAAGAGCUCCCCUGCUCUACCUACACUCUGCCCUCUACCCCGCCAACCAUCUACCACUCACCGCCGUAACCGCCACCAACCGCGGUGGCGCUCUGCCAGUUUCUGUCUCUGCUACACCUGCCUUAUCGUCGUCCCCCUUUCCAUUUUCAGUUUUUCCCGGCUCCCAGGUUCCUGCUCCAUUUCUGAUGUCGGAUAAAGGAAAAGCUAUAGCCUCUGCUUCCAAAAAAAGGAAGCGCUCCAAGACCCCUACACCCCCACCAUCUACUAACUAUGCGAGGAAUCCGCUGAAUGAGGAGGAGAAAGAAAAUCAGCCCCCGACCAGCCGCCGUUCUCGAGCUAGAGCGGCAGUCGAGGCAGCUAUACCGUCUCCUUUGACAGCAGCCCCACCCUCUUCAGCACCCGAGCCCACUUACCUACUGGUUCAGCGUCUGUUUCGAUUCUUGGAGCGCGAGAGGCUUCAUGUCAGACGCCGACUGGAUCGGAUGGAUCAGGCACUCAUCUCCCUUGGCGCUGAGUUACCUCCGCUUCCAGACUCUUCGACCUCCGAUGAGCAGGAUCAUCAGGAGGAGGAUGCGGAUGAGCCACUUCAGCGGGAUGCACCUCCAACUGCUCCUAACACUACAGAGAUCCCACAGACCCAUGAGGAGCCGGUCCCACAGCCACAGUCAGAGCCGGAGCCUAUCGUUGUACCUCCCACUGAUCCUCCGGUUUAG